AUGUUUUCUUCUGCAGGUAAGCGUUGCUUCACCAUAGAGUCCCUGGUGGCCAAAGAGAACCCUCUGGUGGAGGAUCCCAUCAGGCCGACGGCUCUGAGUUACUCCAACCCGGCCACGGAUGCCUUAAUGAACACUUACCAGGCUCCUCAGGCCAGGAGCCUCUACCAGGGCCCGGACCUGGUGUUCCCGGAGACCCACCCGUCCCUCACGGUGGCUCCUCACCAGCACCACCUCCAGCACCAGCACUUCUUUGCACCGCAGCACCGAGACCCUCUCAACUUCUACCCCUGGGUCCUGCGGAACCGGUUUUUCGGGCACAGAUUUCAAGGUGCCGACGUGUCCCAGGACAGCCUGCUCCUCCACGGGCCCUUCGCCAGGAAGCCCAAACGCAUCCGGACGGCCUUCUCCCCGUCGCAGCUCCUCCGCCUGGAGAGGGCCUUCGAGAAGAACCACUACGUGGUGGGAGCCGAGAGGAAGCAGCUGGCCAACAGCCUGAGCUUAUCCGAAACACAGGUGAAGGUGUGGUUCCAGAACAGGCGGACCAAGUACAAGCGACAGAAGCUGGAGGAGGAGGGACCAGACAGCCAGCAGAAGAAGAAGGGAAACCACCACAUCAACAGAUGGCGCAUGGCCACCAAGCAGCCCAGCUCCGAGGACAUAGACGUCACCUCAGAGGACUGAAACCCUCCGACAACGCUGCCCCGAAACCAAGCAUCAGAGGACCAACACUAUUUAUUAUGUAAUAUUAUUAAGUAUACCUAGAACACAUUAGAGGAAGGACUUUAAUAUGUGAUCGCCGCACUUCUCCUCACUGAGGUGCUACACUGGAAAGAAGAAAGAAAACAAGUUAUUUAAUGACAUGCGGAUGAGGAGAGAUCCGACCAAACGUGAAGAGAAACAACGUCAACCUCCAUCAUAGUCUGUUUUUUUUUUUAAAUAUUGUACAGAGGCCAUGUUUAAAAGGUUGUUUUCAACAGAAGCUAUUUGUUUCAUUAAAUCUGUUUUUACCACCUGCUUAGGUCAUUAACACCUCACCGCUCACUGCACCACCUGCGUACCAUGUUAAUCGAAAUGUCUCCUCAAAGACGAGAAGAUGUUGUCGCACCACUUUGACUCCACCCAGUGGGUCGGUUGAACAGGCGGGGGACUGGCCAGAGGAGCAAAAACAGGAAAUGAACAAUGUGUCAAAGUUUGCAGCAUGAUUUUUUUUUUUAAUUUCCACUUAUGACUUGACACCCAUUCCGUCGCUCUGCUGUGCUUCCUAAAAGAAGAUUUCGGCUCAAAGAAGGAGAUUCGCGGCCAGAUGUGCAUGACUCUGGGACAGACGAGAAGCUGCAGGGACCUCUGGGCUCCGGGGUUAGGAGUUGUGCCACAUAAAUAAAAGCGAGUUCCCCAGCUUUGUGCUUCAGCGUGGGGUGAUAAAUGACCUCUCCACUCCUUGAAUGUCUGCAGAUUUCAUGAAGAGCCGUGUGUAGUACAAAACCAUAUAUGAGAACAUACUUUUCA